GUCUUUUACAAUAUGACGAUCGAAAAAUUAAAGAUUUUGACAUCGUUUAAACUGCCGUUCAUGGCCUAAAAUCUAUUUCAUGUAGAGUCAUAAAUAUUUCACAGGAAAUGCACAGCUGUGGUUCUAUUGAUCAGUGCUUCUUGCGCUUUCAAAAAGCCAACAAUUAAACCACAUUUGAAUGUUUGAAAUUCAUGUCACUAGGAUACGAGGGAAACCCGCGAUGCGCCUUUCUUCGCGUUAAUUAAUCGGAAAAUUUAUUCGGGAGAUUGAAAGAAAGACGACAGAAAUAAACGCUUUUCAAGACCGUUUGUGUAUCGCAUCACCAAGGAAUUUUAGCAGAAAAUUGGACAAUUUGUGGCUUUUUCACAAAUGGAAAUGUUCAUUGUCCAACAGGUGGAUGAUCCAUGGCAUAAGAUUGAUCGUACGCAUCAUUCUGAUAGCAGAAUUUGAAAGGUCUGCUAAUCAUAAAUUAUGGAUGCAAAAGACUGCAAAUAUGCGGACCCUCAACUCCGGGACCAAACCGAAAACCGAAGAUCGAUUUUUGAUUUCUCGAGCGUUGAAGAUCUCCGUCGACCUGACGAUAAUCAAGACUCCGACCCAGUCAAAACACAGCCCACAAUACCAUUUAAAGAAUCAUAUAUAGCGCAUGCGCCUAGUCGCCAUUCAUUUACACUGAAUAGUCGGUAUACUUUUUUCGGGGGUUUGAGGACAUCAUCUAAGGAUAUGAGCGCAUCAACUGAGGAUCUUGCUGGAUGUACGGGAAGAAAAGAGCGCCAUCUUAGUUUGGGCAAAUUUAGUAAAAGUUCUCCGGAUUUAUUUGGUGCUAGUUAUCAGUCCACUCGCGCCGAUGCUGGCAUUAAACAGCAAACCCAAGAUACGUUUGUUAUGAAUAUAGAUAUUGAAACUGAUGAUGAAAACGAAAAUGGAGGUAGUAUAAAACACGAGAAAACUAAACUCGAAAACGAUACCGUACGCACGCAAACAGAGCACGAAGCAAGUCCUCAUCUGAGUUUUACCGCAUUUCAAAAUACAAAACGAGAUCUAUCUUUUGAUAAUGACGAUGAUAGUGAGAAUGCGCAUGUGCAACAUCCGGAAACGAAUGAUGACGACAGUUUAUCGAUCGAGGGAACAUCUGAAAGCAACGAGAAAAAAAGAAAUGUUUUUCACAAAGGUUGGAAAACUAUUUUAUGUUCAGGAAAAGCGGAACUAAAGAAGUCUUUAGAAAAUUUAAGUUCGCUCAAACAAGAUAUGAGCUCUCGAGAAAUUCAAAAUAUUGAAACGUUUGAAGAUUCAGAAGCGUUGGAAGAAGAUGAAGUAAGUUUGGAACAAGUGAGGGAUUUGGUCAAUGGCAGAGGUUAUGGAACGGGGGACCAAAAUAAAGAUGAAACUACGGAUUUGAACUUCGAAGAACCGCAAAAAAUUUCACCAAAUCUCGAAGAAGAAAUUAGUAAUAUCAAAGAAGGAGAUAUAGGUAUUUGGGUCCCGAAUACAGCAGAAAAUAUACUCAAAAUAAUAGAAUCCAGUGAAGAUUCAAGAUGGACAACACUUGACAUGGACAAAACAGAUGGUACUGGCAAUACUGCGUAUGCAGCGACAACACAAGAAGAAACAGCCAAUGAAAACGUAGAAAAGCAGGCUGCAUUAGCGUGCAUCAAUGACAGCGAACACUCAUCCACUUCAGAAGAAGAACUCACAGGUGUUCACGAACAGUUUCAUACAAACUACCGCGAUACGGCCACGUCUGAAGUACAAGAAAAUAAAGAAGACUUGAUCACGAACGAUAACAUAGAAUCAACUGCGAUUCAGAAGAACGAUUCACAAGUGGACGGAACGAACAGUGGAGGAAUAAUGGUUGAUAACGAGGGAUACUCUUCCCAUUCUUGUAAUAUAUCCCCCAUAACAUUACGAGUCUUGAGUAACCGCACUGUUCGCGAUGAGAACACAGCAAAGCAAAAUACGAACCUGUACAAGAGAGGGUGUGACGAUACGACAGUCAAAGUUUCAGGUAUUCGCCAGUCUAGCAUCUGUGUACGGGGGGAAAACCAAAGAGAGGUCGAAAGGGUCGAAACGCACGAACCAAACAGAAAUGAUCAGAACGAAAACACAGAUCAAGAUGACGCCAGGAAGCUUGAAACAUCGCAAGAGAAAACAGACAAUUCUCUUUUGAAGAACAUGAUGGGCAUGUUUUGUUUGCUGGGACUUAAAGAUUCUCCUGAAGGUGGAUUUUAUGGCAACGGACAAAGAGAAUUAAGGUCGCUAAAGGAUCCAAUAAAUUUCGAGCAAGAAAUUUGUGCGGACGGCGAAAUACACGAGCAAACGAAGAAAAACGAUGUAGAUUUACAUGAGAAUAUUGAAAGGAAACUAUUUACUCGCAUAGAGAAUGAAACAAUUCUCGAAGCAAAUGAAGAUUCCGAAGAAAAUGACUCGGUGUUGGAUCUUAGCUGGGAGAAAAACGGAGCAGAAGACGCAAAGCUUGGUAUUGACAACAACACUACGAAAACACAGCUGAUGAUGGAUGACGAAAGUCCAACAAUUAUUGAAGAAACAAACAGUGACGUAUUUGAGCACGAAGCACUACUUGAGAAUAAGUCUAGCGUUUGUGAUAAAGAGUUUCUGUUGAAUCAAGACUCGGAUACAGCAGCACUUUACGAAGCCGGAAUUCAAAACGGAAAGGACAAAAACUUCGUCGAAUAUCGAAAUACACAUGAGGACACUGACCAGGGAAUUAUUUUGGAAACUACGUCAACUCUUGAUUUACUGCUUCAAGUACCUGAUGAUUCAGGGGAGAACUCUGAUAGUAUUGUACAAAACACAGAAGGAAUGGUUGAACAAGGUUUGCGAGAGAAUGAUGAGACUGAUGAGGAAAAACAAAGAUUGAUAAAGAGAAAGAAUUUGUAACCACUCCGGUAAGCACAUCAACGGAACACCAAGACACAAUGACUGCAACUAUCCUAGAAAUCAAUACAAACAAAUGGAGUUGCGCCUAUAUCAUACCACCCCGUUCAAUGAAUGCUGAAAAUUCAGACAUUUUCUCAAAAGCAUUUAAUGUUUUGGUUUUGGAUAAGCAGUUGAUUCCUACAAGCCCAAAGCUGAAGUCAGCGGUGAUCACACUCAAUUUACUUCCACAAAAAACAACACAGAACUACUCACUAGGAGUGGGUCGUGAGCUAAGUGAAGUUAAGAUCCAAGUAAAUGAAAAGCAAGCUCAUCUUAGAGAGAGUGAAAGUGAUUUUGACGUCUUGGAACAAG